CCCGUGCAUUCAACCAAUAACUAAAAAAAAUAUUACCAGACUUGCUGUCAUUAAACUCACAUUUAACUCUGAUUACUCUUGAAAAUUUAAUUUUAACAAUUUUGAAAUCUGUGACACGAUGAUCCAAAAGUGGAUUUCGUGCCCAGCGCUGCUGCUGUGGUGGUGCACAUUGAUGAUGACAACACAUCACAGCAUCAGUGCCGUGCCUGCGUAUCAACUCACGGUGCCGCAGCCGGAGUUUGCUGAGAGGCCAGCAGAUCGAAACGUGACCGCCUUCCGGGGCCAGACGAGCAGACUGCCCUGCACUGUUCGCCAUCUCUCCGGCAAACAGGUUUCAUGGAUAAGACUUCGCGAUUUAACCGUUCUAUCUUCUGGUCGAAUUACGUUUGCAACGGACGCUCGCAUUUCCGUUCUACCAGGCAAGAAAAGAAGAACGAGGCGUUCCCUCGAGUCCGAUAACGCAAAAACCUUGCAUCCAGUCUUCGAUAAUUCUAAGAAAACAAACCCAAAGAAACUGUGUCGAGCGCGAAAUUCUGAAGCCGACAAACUCCUCAAUGUCGGACGAAAACUUCGAGCGGCCGUCGGAGAUUACUUCCUAACGGAUGGUCGAGAUGGGAAAUUUGAAUUCAAACGUGAUUGUCGGUCGAGUAUGAAAAGAUCAAAAAGAAACCAUAACAGAGCCAGUGGUCACACACGACGCCGGAAACCACAGCCAAAAUAUAAGGAAUCUCAAAACGGCUCUAAACCAAAUACUGAUAAAAUCUUUCAUCAGUGGGGCGGCCAUAGAAAACAUUAUCAUGAUGCUGAAUUUCUUGAUACAAGAGAAAAGGAUUUGUACCGAUACCAUGAUAUCCGUUAUCCAGUUAAUUCUGUUCCCAAAUCCAUUAAUAACUACGACUACAACUAUCAAGAAGACGACCCAAAUGUGAACGCAGAUUCAGUCUCCGUUGCUCUGAAUCCAUCUCAAAAAUCGAAUAAUUCUCCGAACGUGUCCAUCUUGAGAUGGAACUCGAAGCCAUUAAACGCACCUCAGCGGAAUUUGACUCUGGCGCGGCUCUCCAAGGUGGUUCUGCGACCCAUUGAGCCAGUCCCAAGCGAUGCCUCUACGCCCCACAACUCUGACAGGGACAGGGCACGAAAGCCAUGGCUGUCAGCCGUUUCAUCGUCUUCAUUGUUGCCGCCGAAUUACUUGGAAGGCGUUUGGGAACCUGAGGACUACACUCUACAAAUAAAGUUUGCAGAGCCUGGAGACGCUGGCACUUACGUGUGUCAAAUUAACACCGAACCUAAGACGGCACAGACCAUCACGCUCACCGUUGUAGAUAUGGUCGCGAAAAUUUUGGGUCCAAACGAGCUUUUCGUGAAGGCCGGUACGCCUGUUACGCUGGUGUGUCAAGUGGAACACUCGGCCGAUUUGCCAGGUUUCAUCUUCUGGUACAAAGGAACGUCGCUGGUGGACUACGAGGCUUCGGCCGGACGCAUCGCUGUCAUGACGCGCGCUGAGGGCAAAAGCGAACUUGUGUUCCGUACCGCCGACCAACACGACUCUGCCAACUACACGUGCCGGCCCUCCGGCGGCCGUGGCACCUCUGUCACCCUCAAUGUUAUAGUUGGUCAGUACCAACACGACUCUGCCAACUACACCUGCUAG